CGACGCUGUGAACGGGCGCGUUGUUAAGUAACGAGAGGGGGAGACAGACUCGAGUGGAGAACGACCGCUCGUGCUGGCGGAGCGUCUUAGGGACUAUCAACAGGGAGUGCAACCGACGACAGAGCUAAGAGCUGGGGGUAUGAGAGCCGCCAGAAUCCGCUCCCAUCCUCCUCUGCCCAGGCCCCUGUCCGACUGACAACCAUCGGAUCAGAACCUCCACUGAACCAGCUCUCGGACGAACCCAAUAUCGGUGACAACUCGCAACCAUGGAGCUGAGAGUGGGGAACAAGUACCGGCUUGGGCGAAAGAUAGGGAGUGGUUCCUUUGGCGACAUUUACCUUGGUGCUAACAUUGCCACCGGUGAGGAGGUAGCCAUCAAGCUGGAAUGUGUGAAGACCAAACACCCACAGUUGCACAUUGAAAGCAAGUUCUACAAGAUGAUGCAAGGAGGAGUGGGUAUUCCAUCAAUAAAGUGGUGUGGUGCGGAGGGAGACUACAACGUGAUGGUAAUGGAGCUGCUUGGUCCCAGUCUGGAGGACCUUUUCAACUUUUGCUCCCGGAAGUUCAGCCUAAAGACUGUCCUGCUUUUGGCAGACCAGAUGAUUAGUCGCAUUGAGUACAUCCACUCCAAGAAUUUCAUCCAUCGGGAUGUCAAGCCUGACAACUUCCUGAUGGGGCUUGGCAAGAAGGGUAACCUGGUGUACAUCAUUGACUUUGGCCUGGCCAAAAAGUACCGUGAUGCCCGCACACACCAGCACAUCCCUUACAGGGAGAACAAGAACCUGACUGGCACAGCACGCUAUGCCUCCAUCAACACACAUCUUGGAAUUGAGCAGUCCAGACGUGAUGACCUGGAGUCUCUUGGCUAUGUCCUCAUGUACUUCAACCUGGGCUCCCUCCCCUGGCAGGGCCUCAAGGCUGCUACCAAGAGACAGAAGUAUGAACGAAUCAGUGAGAAGAAAAUGUCCACGCCCAUCGAGGUUCUUUGCAAAGGAUACCCUUCUGAGUUCUCCACAUACCUGAAUUUUUGCCGUUCACUCCGUUUUGAUGACAAGCCAGACUACUCUUACCUACGACAGCUCUUCCGGAAUCUGUUCCACCGUCAGGGUUUCUCCUAUGAUUAUGUCUUUGAUUGGAACAUGCUUAAAUUUGGUGCCAGUCGGACAGCCGAGGAUGGGGAUCGGGAGAGGAGAACGGGAGAUGAGAGGGAUGAGCGGAUCGGGGGAGCCCCCAGGGGGUCUGCAUCGCGGGGCCUCCCCCCAGGUGCCAACCCUGGAGCUGCCAACAGAGUCAGGAACGGGCCAGAGCAGGCCAUCUCUAACCCUGCCUCACGGGUCCAGCAGUCUGGGAACACGUCGCCUCGUGCAAUUUCUCGUGCAGAGAGGGAGAGGAAGGUGAGCAUGCGGCUCCACCGUGGGGCUCCUGCCAACGUAUCGUCCUCUGACCUCACAGCCCGUCACGACCAAUCCAGAAUUUCCACAUCGCAGGUCAGCGUGCCAUUUGAGCACAUGGGGAAGUAGAAUUCUUUGGCUCUGCAUGCACAUGAAACUGACAGGGCUGCAAAGUCUAUUCAUCGCUCUGGUUUAUUUUCCUUUUUAUUUUUACCUUGUCUUAUGAAAAGAUGAUUGCCAGCAGACACACGGAUCUUUGGAAAAGGACAGCGAAUCUUUAAAGGAUCCAGGAAACAUCAUGACAGUAUCCAACAUGCACUAUUUCAUGAACCCUUUUUGCUGAAUUGUGGACCACCACAAUGCAAAAAGCAAAUGAAUGACAGUCCUACACCAUUGUAACUCCAUGGUUGCUCAUACCUCCUCUACUCCAAACAUUCCCUCAGUACCUUCUGUCAGGCAAAUGUGAAGAACUGUUGGCAUCAAAGGAGCAAAAAGGUAUCAGGGACACACGCAUGUUUCUUGUCAAAGGUCAACUUCGUGAUUGAUAUAGGCUUAGUAAAGAUUUAUCUUUCAGUUUUUAACACCACAAAACAACUUUACAGUGAAUCUUUUUAUCUUAAAUUGGAGCUUGUUAUGAGUUUCCUUUCUUUGUUUUUUUGAGAGAAAUAACAGCUGAAAGAUGACGAAAUGGGGAGAGGUAGGUGAGAGGGUAGUGGACAAAAAGGUAACUUUGAAAAGGAUAAGUAAGUGAUGUUUUAGCUGUUGUAGAGUAAUGUUUCUGGUGAAGUGGCAAUUGGUGCUUGCUUGCCCUUCAUCCAUGUUGUGAUGAUUUACUCUCCCUCAAAACUCAGCCACCAAAACCACCACCACCCCUUAUUUUGCCUGUUUUGACUUGCGUGUUUUUGUUGGUUUUAAUGUGAGUGGGUAAGGUGAAGAAUGACCAUAGAUAUUGCAAAGACACACUCCAAGUCUUGAGGGAAGCUCCUCAGGAAAUUCUCAGUGUAUUUGACCAGAGACCAUAGCUGCCCGUUUUGGCUAACAAAUAGUGGCUGCAAUUUUUAUGAUAGUUCUUAAUGUUACCUUUUUUAUUCUUUUUGUUAUUAGAGGUCAUAGGGGAGUGGGCAGGCUCUGUUAGUGAUGACUCUUAAGGGGAUGGGGAUGUCCAAUGAUUUUUUUUUUUUUUUUUAAUGUUUACUUCACUGUAAAUAUUUUUUUUAUUUCGAUGUAAAGCCAAAAUGUGGUUAUUUGUUUUAAGGUGUAAAGUAGAAAAAUGCAUACUAAUGACAUAAAUUGGGGGUGGGUUCAGAAAUUUAGGUAUUUAAAGUACUAAAUUGUGGGAUGGGCUACUGUUACUUUGCCAGCUGGGUCAUUUUGUAUGUGUGUGUGUGUGUGUGUGUGUGUGUGUGUGUGUAUGAGUGUGACAGAGAGAGAGAGAGUUAGAGAGAUGCAGUAACUCCCUGCUAAGAUUAAUUUUGUCUUUGUUUGUAUGCAAAUUAUUCAUCUAUUUUCUCUGCUAUUUAUGUUAAACUAUUUUUUAUUUGUCUGAAAUAACUUUGUCUGUUUCAUUGUAUAAUUUCAUCUUACUGUAACUUAUUAGAAGUAGCUUGUUUGUUCUGUUUAGUUUUUUUGCCCGUCCCUUUGUUCUUCUGUUCUUAUGCUUCAAAGGUUGUCCACCUUAUGUAAUACAUAGGGCUUUCAAUAUUCCUUCUGCAAAAAUUAUAUGCUAAUAGUUUGUCACCUUUUGGAUUUUAAACUCCAGCAACCUAGAUGAUGUCAUUCAAAAGAAAACAACUGAUGCAAUUGCAGGGAUGUGUAAAUAGCAGUGUAGUGUGUGUGUAACUACCUUUUGUACAGGCUAACAUGACCCAGUGGCAUUGUAACUGUUGGGUUGGGAAUGGUAUAGAAGAGGUGAUGGGGAUUUCACUAUGUAUUGUGUACUGAUAACUUGUACAGUUCUUUAACACGCUUUAUUUACAACAGUAUUUGUGUAUAUUUUAUGAAGUAAUAAAAAUGAAUAACGUUGCUCACAAA